AUGUCGUGUUCGGCCAAUAGAAAAACGCAAAUAGACAGCGUCUAACGAAUGAGGUAUGCGAUAAACUAUUUUAAUGUCGUGUUGUUUAAAGUAACAAUUUCAAAAUAUAUUUAGGAACCGAACACUCGGGAUUCCUAAAAAUACUUUUGAAAAAGACGCUAGCCGGCGUUUUCUUCAGAGAAGCUUGUAGUUCUCAGGUUGGACUUCAAAACAUGACCGACGAAGAAAGGAUACAUCUGGUCUCUCAAAAAGCGUGUGAAGGCGAGGAGUCUGCUAAACAAGCAGGUGCAGAUGGCGCGGAAUCCUCUGACGCCGAAACCGCUUUCGAAGAUGUUCCAGUGUACAUUACAUGUCCAUAUUGCCAUGAAAAAAUUGUCACUCGUACCAGUUUCAAAUCUGGAAAAUAUACCUACUGGACCUCGGCCUGUCUGUGCAUAUUUCAGUGUUACUGUUGUAUGUGGAUACCCUUUAUAAUGGACGGGCUCAAGAAUGUAGUUCACACUUGCCCAAAGUGUGGUGAAAAGAUUAGUGAAUACAGUCGCUUUAGAGUCGAUCGAAUAUGGAACAAAAAGAAGAAACACAGGCAAGCGCAGCAUAAUUACACCAGAGGAUAACGUAAUACGAUGGACAUGCUGUGGCUCAACUCAACUAUUUGGUUCUGCUGUGGUCACUGAGUCAGAGAGGAUAAGGAACAAGGACAAGUUGGUGUGGUCGAUAUCGUUCUAACGUUCGGGAAUAAAAAAAACUUAUGCACAAAUGAAGAAUCUUUGGCUCAUGAAUUUACUCGUAACAACUAAGAGGCUGUCUCGAUCCAAACUAGCACUCUUUACAAUCUAAAAAGGAGAUCAUCAGUCUUGAUUCAACUCAAAAAAUGUUGGUUAUAUAUUUUUCAGUCAUUUCAAAGGAGCAGCUUUUGAACUUAGACAAAUUUAAAUUAUGAGACCUAACAAAGACUGAGCCAAUUUAGCGAUUUUUUUGCUAUGAAAAAAAAUGUUUGGGUUGAAAUUUGGGUAAUAAUUUCGUCACCUCGGACCGUAUCGAAACCCUCCUGGUGAAGUCGAGAUGAAUUUACUAAGCGUUUGUAUAGUUAAUUCA